AUGUCUUCUAGAUCACAAAGGGGUGCUGGAAAAGGAAAAGAUAUGGAUAAUACUUCCCAAGUUGAACAACCCCCAAGGAAGAAGAGACUUGUUAAGGGUGGUACUUCUAAAACCACUACUGGAAGGUCCGUUAGAGUUCCACAUCAACUCGGGCAACAUCCUCAAGUGUUUUCUGUUCAUGGUACUACUGAUGUACCAGCACCACACCAGAUGCAGCCCUUCAGUUUCAAGUUCUACACUGAAGCAUGUGAAGAAAGGUACAAUAAAAUUCGUGAAUUUUCCUUUAAUCAAGAGAGUGGAUUUGAUGAGGAUGUGGAGAGUGGAGUGCCUGAGAUUGCACAUCAAUUGCAUGAUAGAAAUAUGAGUUCACAAAAUUUUAACAAUAAUGAUUUGUCUUUGGAUUUGAAUGUUUCUUUGGAAACAGAGAAUUUUGAGAACACUGAUUAUUCUAUUAGAGGUCGUUGGACAAGAUCUGAAGAUGAUAAGCUUAAUAAGCUUGUUAAAUACUUUGGUCCUCGUAAUUGGAACCACAUUGCUGAGCAUUUUCAUGGAAGAUCAGAGAAAAGUUGCAGAUUAAGGUGGAUUAAUCAACUAGAUCCUAAAAUUAACAGAUCAAAAUUCAGUAAAGAAGAGAAGGCGAAGCUUUUGGCUGCUCAGAGAUUUUAUGGUAACAACUGGGCAACCAUUUGCAAACUAUUUCCUGGACGAACAAACAAUCAAGUUAAGAAUCAUUUUUAUAUGAUGAUGGCUAAGAUGCAAAGGGAGAAAUCAUCAAGUUUCUCUCGAAUGGGAAAUUCAAUAUUUCGAACCCCUCCAACGAUGUACCGAAUUACAAGCACCACUGAUGUACCGAAUUCAGCUUGCACCAAUGUCAGCUGCUUUACUGGGCCUUUACUUUAUCGUCAAGCCUAUGGUUCACAAAUGGGUUUACAUGGAGAGAGGAAGGUGGAAGUGGGGAAUUUUGGUUAUGAAACCAAUUUUAGUGCAAUGAAAGGUUCAUAUGUAAGUCGUAUGGGAAAGAUUAAUGGUGUGGAUAAAUCUAAUUAUUCAUAUUCAAACUCAGAAGCUUCGGUAUCAGAGGCAGGUUCAACAAUCAGGACCAAUGUAUCCAUUUUUGGGGAAUGUGAAAAUGUGAGGAGUAAGACUAAGCUGCAAUAUUUCGACUUCCUUGGAAUAGGAGAUAAAUAG